AUGUUGUCGGUGGCCGCCCGUUCAGGCCCGUUCGCGCCCGUCCUAUCAGCCACGCCCCGCGGAGUGGCGGGUGCGCUGCGGCCCCUGGUGCAGGCCUCAGUGCCCGCCACCCCAGAACCUCCAGUGCUGGACGUGAAAUGGCCCUUCUUGUGCCGGGAGUCGCUGAUUGACCAGGGCGAGCGGCCUUUGGCCGCCUCCGUGGGCCUCAAUGUCCCAGCUUCCAUUCGUUAUUCCCACACAGACGUCAGAGUGCCUGACUUCUCUGACUAUCGAUGCACCGAGGUGUUAGAUGGUACGAAGUCUUCAAAACAGAGCAGUGAGGCUAGAAAAAGUUUCUCCUAUUUGAUAACUGCAACGACUAGUAUAGGUGUUGCAUAUGCUGCCAAGAAUGUCGUCUCCCAGUUUGUUUCCAGCAUGAGUGCUUCUGCUGAUGUGUUGGCCAUGUCGAAAAUCAAAAUCAAGCUAUCCGAUAUUCCAGAAGGCAAGAACAUGGCUUUCAAAUGGAGAGGAAAACCACUGUUUGUGCGCCAUAGAACCAAGAAGGAAAUUGAGCAGGAGGUUGCAGUUGAAGUGUCCCAGUUGAGGGACCCACAGCAUGAUUUAGAUCAAGUAAAGAAACCUGAAUGGGUUAUCCUGAUAGGUGUUUGCACUCAUCUUGGUUGUGUACCCAUUGCAAAUGCAGGAGAUUUUGGUGGUUAUUACUGCCCUUGCCAUGGGUCACACUAUGAUGCUUCUGGCAGGAUCAGGAAGGGGCCUGCACCUCUCAACCUUGAAGUUCCCUCAUAUGAGUUCACCGGUGAGGACAUAGUGAUUGUUGGUUAGAGACCUGGACUCAAG